CACUACACUCCUGCACUCUUUACUAACGCCGCACCGAAGAUUGAUUCAAACCUCAUCGGAUUCUCCUUACUACGCUACGCUUGCUGGGAUCGAUCGAAAACAAAACCAAACUCAGGCAAAGCAAAGUUCAAUCCAAAAUCAAAUCUAAAACCCUAAAAGUGCAGAAACUAGUUACUACAAACCCUAGCCAUCACCACAAUCCACUUCCUGCAUCGUCAUCCUCGCCACUCCAUCUUGCUCGCUUCCAAUCAAUGUAUGCAUCCCAUCAAAUAGAUGAUUUCAAGUUCUAUAUGAGAGAGUAAUAAAUUGAGCAAGGUGAGUGAAUGGCAACGAGUGCAAUUUUACUUGUUGCUUGUGGGGAACAGCAUUUGUUGCCGACGCCAAUGACGACACAUAUCACUUUUCUAAGAUAUUUGAAUCGGACUAUUCAGUCCAUCAACCAACGAUUUGCUCACAUUUUCUGCUCCCAGGACGGAGAUGUCGAACAUGUCAGGAUUUUACGUGAAGACGGUUUCGAGAGAAAAUGCCAACUAAAUGCUCAAGAUUGUUCGCUCCAUGACAAGAGUUUUGGUGGUGAGAAGAAAGGCCAACAUGCUGUUUUCAAUGUGUUGGAUACUAUGCUAAUAUCUAGUCUAGAGCGUCUGAAGAUUAUGAGGGAAAAUAUAUCUUUGGUAAAGAUAGGUCUUCAGGGAUAUGCAUGUGAAUGUAACAAUGCUAAAAAUGCAGCCACCAUAAGGUUUUUGUGCUUGGAAGGGAAAUUGGUAGCUGCCCUGAGGCUUCGGAGAAGAAUGGCUCAAACAGGUAUUCUCCCUGACGUGUAUACCCACAACCAUAUUGUAAAUGGGCUAUGCAAAUUUGGUCUUAUGGAGAAGGCAGGUUGGCUUGUUAGAGAGAUGUCUGAAUCUGGUCCUCGUCCCAACUGCGCCACUUACAACACUUUAAUUAAUGGCUAUUGUGCUGUAAAUAGUAUAAAAAAAGCUUUGGAUCUGUUCACAACUAUGUCCAAUACUGGUAUUCAGCCAAACAGGGUUACUUGUAACAUUCUUGUACAUGCGUUGUGUGAGAAAGGUCUUCUGACGAAAGCUAGAAAGAUGCUUGAAGAAAUACUAAAUGAUGAUAAUGGCAAAGUUAUACCUGAUUUAGUUGCCUCAACUAUAUUUAUGGAUAAGUACUUUAAGAAUGGGGAAAUUAACUGGGCUCUUGGUCUUUGGAAUGAAAUGAUUCAAAAGUGUACAAGAGUAGAUGUUGUUGCUUAUAAUGUUCUUAUCAAUGGACUCUGCCUGAAUCAGCAGGGGAAUCUUGCAUAUGGAUAUGCAUGUGAGAUGCUUAAGAAUGGUUUCACUCCUGAUGUUUUUACUUAUAAUAUUCUUAUUGGUGCUCUUUGCAAGGAAAGAAAAAUUAGUGAAGCUGGCUAUAUUCUUGGAGUUAUGUCUAAAAUGGGAAUUAUGCCUGAUCAAAUUUCAUACAGGAUUAUGAUUCAAGGCCUUUGUUUGAAUGGAGACAUUGUGAGAGCAAAAGACUUGCUUUUGUGUAUGUUAAAUAAUUUUAUGGUGCCCAAGCCUAUUGUAUGGAACCUAAUAAUUGACUUUUAUGGAAGAUGCGAAGAUCUUAGAAAUGCUUUUUUUACAAGAGAUCUGAUGUUGGCUUUUGGUGUUCUCCCCAAUGUAUUUACUUAUAAUGCUUUAAUUCUUGCACAAUUGAAGAGUGGAAAUGUCCAUGAUGCUCGAUAUCUGAAGGAAGAGAUGCCUGCAAAAGGUCUUCGUCCUGAUGUGGUUACGUAUAACUUGUUGAUAGGUGGUGCCUGUAAUAUAGGAGAUAUCGAUUUAGCUCGUCAACUAUAUGAUGAGAUGAUGCAGAAGGGGUGUGAACCCGAUUUAAUAACUUAUACUGAAUUUAUUAGGGGGUUUUGUAUUAGAGGUAACAUUAAAGAUGCAGAAGAGCUUUAUGCUAGAAUACUGAAAUCUGGUUUAUUGAAUGAUCAUGUUCCAGUUCAGAUUCUUUUUAAUAUGUACUGCAAAUUGGGGGAACCAAUCAAGGCAUUUAACUUUUAUCAAGACUGGCUGGAAAGUAAACAGGAUAGUAAUUGUGGCUAAAGCCCCUAUCAGGCUUAUGACUUUGAGUUCGAUGUUCUGGGAAAGAAGUCCAUGUUUCCCUGAAAGUCACUAUUUUUCUAAAAUUCCGACUUUUCAUUCAAAUACCAGAUGUUCUCAGAUUGUGGCACAUAUGGCUAAUGAACUCUCCAGAAUAGAACUUUUUAGUGCAAAUGAGAGGGAAAAUACAAUUUGGGUGAAGACUAAUACCCUUUCUCAUUCAUAUAUGACAAGAAACAAGAAAUGUUCAAAAUACUGUCAGGUUGGCACGUCUCUGCAUGUCAGAGUAGGGAGGUAACAUCACUGAAGCAACCAUUAGCAAAACAGCAGAGAGGACACUCUCAUAAGCACAAUCAUAUCCAGAAACAAGUUUUGCAGGCAAAGUGUGCUUAUUCCUUAAAAGAGGAAAAGAAAGAAGUGCAUUAACCAUGCGCCCGAAUAUAAGGAGCAAUUGGAAGAAAUGAUGCUUCACUACAUGGAGAUAAUGUAAGAAAUGACAGUAAACUAUAAUAUGUACCACUGCCAGGUGUUGGCCAAUUGGAUGUAACAAAAAGCCAAUUGAAGGAAAAUGAUAUUUGUUACUAAGAGGUAGCCGAAUUGCAAAUAAUUGGUACUCAACAGCACAAUUCAGGUGAAGAACGUAUAAUUUAGAUGAAUUAUGCUGCACCACACUCUCUAGCUGAUAGCAACUUUACAUUACCAACCAAAGAACCAAUUGGGCCUAGCAACCCAACACACGGGAAGCCCAGAAGAAACGUUUCAAGGCCACCGGGAUGGGACCACUAUGUCCACCGAAGGAAUAUGUUCUCUUUUAUUAAUUAUGUUAUUUACAUUUGUGUUGUCGUGUUGCCAUUGACUGAGUACGAGUAUUCUGUUAAGUGUAUAUUGCUACAUAUGGUGUACGUUUGGUACCUGAAAAAGGCAUACCAUUAAUAACAAACUAUUUUCUUUA